AUGGAACUACAUUUCCUUGAUACUGGUCCUCCACGUUUCCUUCAACUAAGUGUGCUAGUUGCGGUUCAGGGAACAUUUGAUCGUGCCAAGGGCCCCGUCAUAUUUGAUCAGCUCUUGACUGCAUGGCCCAUCCUGAAAUCCAGAAUGAAUCUGCUGCGCACUGGUAUGCUCUCGGAGACAGAUACAACGUCGUUCUGGCAGGAGAGGACUGUCGAUGCAGAGAUGACGAGCUACAUUCCUCUUCAGGUUUUAAAGAAAGGCGAACUCUCUGAGAGUCAGCACAACAUGCUGCAAGAAUUGAUGAAAUUCCCUCAUUCUCUGAAGUCCUUACUCUAUCCUCCCGUAAUAUGUGCGAGAGUUGUUUUCUUCAAGGACGGCUGGAUGCUAAAAUUUACCAUGCAACAUGCAUUUGCUGAUGCAACAGGAGUGUACAACAUAGCCAUGGGAUUCUUUGCCUUACUUCGAGGGGAGACUUUAUAUCCCAUAGAGGCCCGGCCGUUAAAGCUCCUGAUUGGUGGCUCUAGACCUGAUCAUACUCAAAUGAACAGAGCGAACAGUGCCCAGCUGACAAACCAAAUACUUCACGCCACUCGCGAAGGAUAUGUAUCGGGUUGGCCUGGAGUAGUGUGCUAUGCGCUUCUGCAGUGGCUACUCCGAAUCAUUCGACGACGAAAUCCUCGAUCUAAGAAGACAAUGCACAUUCCUAGAUCCAUAAUCGACGUGUUACAACACUCCGCAAAGAAGCGCCAGAUAAAUGUCAAUCGACAUGAUCUACUCACAGCCAUAAUCUUUCAGGCUGCUAUGAACACCUUCCCGGGGGGCACACGCGGCAAGGAUGUACAAUUUGGAUUGAAUGUGAACGUCAACGACUCACUCGAGAGAGGAGCUGACCUACACAAUGCGUGGUACCCCGUUACCAUUCCGCGGCCUAAUCAACAAACUGAGGGUAGUCUUGAAGACAAACUGGUCGAGCUGGCAGCUCACAUUCGCCAGGUUGCCCAAGCAGCGCAAACUGUGGUGUGCAUGCAGGCCUUUCUUCAAUACUAUGAGGUGCUGGAUCGCAGUGGUCCGAUCUAUCCACGUAGUCUCAAUCCGCACAAGGCGAAUAUUAUCGUCUCCUGCUGCAGCCAUCUGCCGGCAUAUUGCACUUCCUUCCCGACUGUAAAUGGCCGUAAGGCUUUUCCUUGUUUCUUCCAAGGCGGGGCGGAGUUGAGUGACCUUUUUACCUUCUUCGGCUUGAGCUAUAACGACCUUGUCGCCACGUGGGCCGACAGGGAUCGCGGAUUCUACUUCUAUGGUUCACUGCAUCAUGAACUGUGGACGGAGCUUGAGCAACUUAGGGCCUGCCUUUCCCCUUUCGCAUACAGCUUUACCAAUGGUUCAGUAGAGCUGGGUCUAUAA